CCACCACCUCCACCACCUCCACCACCUCCACCACCUCCACCACCUCCACCACCUCCACCAUCUCCACCACCUCCACCACCUCCACCACCUCCUCCACCACCUCCACCAUCUCCACCUCCUCCACCUUCCCCUCCAUCCUUGCCACCGUCGCCCCCACCACCCAGCCCCCCAUCGCCUUCUCCAUCUCCUCGACCACCUGCACCCCUUCCACCACCACCUGCUCCACUCCCACCAUCACCAGAACCACCACCACGUCCAUCACCGUCCCCACCGCCUACAGCGCCCCCUCGGCCUCCAUCUCCGCGGCCUCCUUCACCACUGCCUCCCACUCAUUCUCCGCCAUCUCCGCCCCCUCGGCGGCCCCCAUCUCCACCUCCAGCCCUUCCUAACGUCUGCGCCUACUUCAGGGUCUGGGGAGCCGAACCUGCCUACAACCUCACCACGGCCCAGUGCUCCGAUUUUCUCUACAAGGUCACCAAUGAAUUCUUAGGCCAAGGCUUGGCCAUACCGUUUACACUCUCUCGUUGUGACAGCGGCACGGCAAAGGUGUGUGGCAGUUUCACAAGCACGUGGUGGUGCGGCGCCAUGUCUGACUACAUCUACCCACUCCUCGUCGACUUGCUGUUACAGUUUGCAGGGAUUUCCACAGGGGAAAGCUGCCCGGAAAACCUGUUCGGCUAUAGCAUCUCCUUACGUGUUGGCAAUGACGACGCAAACCCUUCAUCUAUCACAUGCCUGAGCUCCGGUAUCCAAAUGCAGUGCUGAUAGUAUAGGUUUGCAGUCGCUGUAUGUGGCGGUGAGUGAACGCUUCUUGAAUGCUUGACGGUGCAUUCACCUCUUCUUGUGAGCAGCCGGCCAGUAGAAAAUGCGAAGAAGUGACACAUACACACGUUGUGGCGUUUUCGGUGGGAGGACUUCAUCUUUCGGCAAUCACAGUACGUUUCGCCUCGCGGCCAGUUAUUUUAACACACGUUAAUGCAUUUGCACGGGUUGAUAGCCGAGCGCAUGCGUGCAUGCGUGCGUGCACGUGUGAAGCAAUGCUGGAGCGUACAAUGGUUGUAUACGUGCUUGCAUGCUGGAAGGCCCCAGCCAUGCAUGCAGGCCGUCCCAGACGCUAUCGAUGCAAGCCGGGUUGUAAGAACAGUUGCUGUGCCGUACGACCAGCACCCAGCAGCAUCGUGCGUGGUUAGCUGAUCCGUGCAUACUACGGCUAGCUGCUACUAAAAAGAUGUACGACUGCAUGUAGGCAAGGUCUUGAGCUGCCGUACACUAACCUUUGUAGUGCAUGUAUGUAGGGCGUGACGAACUAGUGUGCACUUCAUGGAUGGGCGGCAUGUUGCUUGGGACUCAAAGUACAAACGGUGGGAGCGCACCGCCGGGAUGCAGUUUCCCGCCCGCUGGUAAUGCUUGCACUCAUCGAUGCUAAGUCGUGCGUAAACUGAUACACUUGUUCUUGCAUUUGGUCGUCUAGUGAUAUGUUAUGAUGAUGGUUUAUUUCGGCCUAGUUAGGCGACUAACAGGCUCUGCGAUAUCUACUGGAAGGGUAGCGCGGCGUUUGUCAAGGUGUAUUAUUAGGCUGAUCUGCAUGAAUUUGUUACCUGAGUACUCUUCGUGUCGGGUUUGCAUACAUACCGCCGGUAGUAAUGGCCUAAGGAUGCGAUUGGCAUUUGGACAUCAACAUUGACUGCUAUAUCGUAUCUGCAGCUGCGGGAGUUUGGCCACGAUUACCGAAUACAGCAAUCAUUGCGACGCAUGCAUGGAAAUGAUGUACUGCCAGUACUGGCGGCGGUACAGUACCCUCCCAUGGCCGUCCUUGGGAAAAGCUCUUUACGACUUUUGUUGCCUCCUUACCUGCCGUGUCCGCUUUUGAGUAGUGACACUGGUCAAUUGCUCGCAUCAACGGAUAACCCAUAUUUUGCGUGGCCUUGUUACUUGUACUUGAUGAAACCGCCGCAAUUUGCGUGGCUUUGUUCCUUAUGGGUCUUAUGGGAGAAUCGUGAGUUUUCGCAUGCUUACCACGCACAUCAGGCACGCACAUGAUCGACGUAGCCAUCCCAUCCAUCACAUGCAAAGUUGCCCUGCCUCGCAUGUAUCGUAUCCGCUAGUAACCAUGCGCCUGUUGGCUUUGAUUUAGACUGUAGCAAGAGGCAGGUCCGGGUGACAGGGUCUACUCCAUGUUUCACUACCCAUAUGCCACUGUAUGUUGUAGGGCAGCUACGGCUGCGUGAGGGGUUGCCGGCUGUACUUGCCACGGUGCGAAGAGGGGCAUGGCAAGGGGCUAGUCUGUUUAAGUGGAACCAUGGGUCUGAUGCUCAUUUCGGCCCUUUGGAUUGCAUAAACGCGCACUGCGUAUAUAUAUGGCAGGCCGAUCGAUGCUUUCAUCUUGACCUACACUGCAGGGGUACUGAACGCUUGCGCUCCUUGUUGAAAUGCUAACGCCCACGGGUUCGCAGAUGGGUAAGCACAGCCGCCAAGCCCUUUAAGCAGCAUCUCUGCUACAGUAUUAAUAAAAAAAUUAAUUAAACGCUUCAUCUAUAGGCUGGGCACAACUCGCGGGCCCGACGGGUACCGGUACAUGGUCGAUGGUUACGUCGCGUGCAACUUGU